AUGAAAAGGCAAUGUAUGAUCGGAGUCAACUUGAAAAGUGUUCCUACCAUUAAUGGGAUCCCUUAUCCUAUAUACGACAUGUUAGACGUUUUAAGCCACGACUGGUCUUUUAUACUAAGAGAAGGUAUUUUUAGAGUACCUGGUAACUAUGCUGUGAUAAAACAAGUCACAGAUUUUUAUGAAAGAGGAGAAACAGUCGAUUUGUCACAACUUAAUGUCGAUGUGGUGGCAUCUCUUUUGAAAAAUUAUUUAAAGCUCAUUCCAAAUAAGUUAAUAUCAGAUGAUGAAAGAGAUAUGUUUGAUGCAACAAUUCAAAUCGAUAAAUCUUACAAUGAUAUUAUAUUAAUGAAUAUGAUUAAUGCAGUCUCUUUUCUCAAACUAACUAAUUACUUGACUUUAAAACAUGUGAUUUUCCAUCUAAGACUUGUUUCACAAUAUUCAAGACAAAACUUAAUGGAUGUGUCUAACUUGGCGACAGUUUUUGCGCCAGCGAUGUUUUCUUUGUCGCUUCAAGAAUUAAUGAAUAAGGACAAUUAUGCUGUCAAAACAAUAGUCUUUUUCAUAGAGAACUAUGAUAAGAUAUUUAUUAGCAAUGUCCACAAAACAGUAAGCGCUUAUAUGGAACCAACAGAGUAUCAACUUCCUCGCACUAAAAACCCCCAAACGCCACGUCCAAAAGAAACACCCCAUGUAACUGUAUAA